CAACAUUUUCAUGGCCAGGAAUAUGAAAGGCAUCUUGCACUAUGUAAUUCUUCUAAUGAGCAUCUCCUUGUCUCUCUGGAGUCUUUCUACUGGAUGUUUGUGUAAUACUUACAAAGAUAUAUCACCAGAACCAACAUUAUUUGAAUCAAAUGUACUUCCAGAAGAUGAUUGCUGCAAAGCUUCCAUUGGAAAUGGUUACCUAGCAACGACAGUGUACACAGACACUAUUUAUAAGAAUGGUCUGUACAAUGGAAGGAAUGGUGAGAGUGACAGGGCAAGAAUACCAUCUACAAUCGCCAUAAAGAUUCAGCAAUCACAACCUGAGAUUAAGAACUCCUACCUUUUAGAUGUAUUGAAUGGCACAUUUUUUCACCUGAUAGAGACUCCUCAAGCUUACAUUGAACAGAGACUGUACGCCCAUCAGGUCUUAACAAGACUGCUUGUAAAUGAGAUCACGAUUAAAAGGAAAUUUGUGAGUAUGGAGCAACCAAUGUUCCUGACCCUGUCUAACAAUCUUGGCUUCAAAAGUGAAGAUAUUGAGUUCAGCAUAGCACCACCAUCUUCAGAACAAGGCCCAUGGUCUUCAUGGGGAAAGACCAAGAUAUCAGAGACCACAAGUAGCACCACCCAACCAGUCUUCACUUUCUGGACAACAAUACCAGACAACAUAACCCUUCCUUCAAAUGUCUACUCCAAGACAUGGACCUUCAUCACUUCUGUCUCUGACAACCAAGAUGAUGCCGAGACCAUGUAUAUUGUUGGUCGGGGCCAGGCACAGAAUGGUAAGCUAUUCAAGACACAUCAGGAGGCUUGGAAGAAGACAUGGAGCAAAGGACGUAUUCAUGUUACAGGAAAUAUAAAGCUCUCUAAGGCCAUCUAUGGAAGCAUGUACUACAUUUUGAGUUCACUUCCACCUGUUGAUUAUGCAGCAAACAAUCCUUUCCUAUUUUAUGGCCUUAGCCCUGGAGGAUUGGCUACUGGUGGCUACCAGAGAGACUACAGGGGUCAUGUAUUUUGGGACCAAGAAACCUGGAUGUAUCCACCAAUGCUGAUACUGUAUCCAGAGUUGGCUCAAGCUAUGAUCAAAUCUAGAACUAUGCAUCUACAGGCUGCCAAGGAGUACGCUGUACAAACUGGGGAAAAGGGAGCACGCUUCCCGUGGGAAAUGGCUUAUACAGGAUUUGAUGUGUGCCCCGCCCCCAAACCAGCUGAGUAUGAGAUACAUCUUAAUGGUGACAUUUCAUUUGCUGUGCAGCAGUAUCUUUAUGCAACCAAUGAUACUGAUUUCUUGACUAAUGACAAGGGAUAUGAGUUAGUCCAAGAAUUAGCCAACUAUUGGGCAGGUAGAGUCACCUAUGAUGACUACAAAGAGGCAUAUACAAUAUUAGAUGUGAUGCCCCCUGAUGAAGAUCAUGCACCUGUUGACAACUCUGUCUAUACCAAUGCGGUCGCCCAGAUAGCCCUGCGUCUCCCGUACUAUGCAGCCUCUCUCCUUGACCAGAAGCUACCAGAUACCUGGUCUAAGAUAGCUGACAAUAUGCAUAUCAUGUAUGACCAGGAGAACGAUUAUCAUCCAGAGUUUGAAGGAUAUGAAAGAGGUACUAUAGUCAAGCAAGCUGAUGUGAUUCUUCUGGGUUACCCCCUAAUGUAUGAAAUGGAUGAAUCCACGCGGGUCAAUGAUCUUAGGUAUUAUGAGACAUACACAGAGCACACAGGACCUGCCAUGACUUGGGGAAUGUUUGCUGUGGGGUGGCUGGAACUUGGGGACAAGCACAGGGCAGAAGAUCUUUUCUCUGAGAGCUUCUUGAAUAUAAGAGAACCUUUCAAGAUUUGGACGGAGACCGCCCAGGGAACCGGUGCUGUUAACUUCAUAACAGGAAUGGGAGGAUUCCUUCAGGCAGUUCUUAUGGGGUAUGGUGGACUUCGUCUCCGUCAGGACGGCAUAACAAUGAAGAUUACUCUACCUCAGGACUCUCUUAAACUAAGCUUUACUGGUAUCAACUAUCUUGGUAACUCCCUAGAUAUCUCUGGUAACUCAACAGCAAUGAUCGUAGAGCUUACAGAGCGAUUAGAGGAUGCUGUUGAUUUGGACUUGAAGGUUUCAAAUUAUACCUUCCUCAGAUUAUCAAUCGGAGAGCCGAUACUGGUCAGUGGUGCCUCUAUCAAGAUAAUGCCCCACAGGAGAUAAAAUCUUCCUCACCAAUAUUAAAAUUCAUUAUGAAACAAAAAUAAUAAUAUGGAAAUACUGUGAUCGCAAUGUGCCCUGAAUAUACUACAC